AUGAUGAUGGACCUUUUAGAAACUGGCUCCUACUUCUUCUAUUUGGAUGGGGAAAAUGUGACACUGCAGCCCUUAGAAGUGGCAGAGGGCUCUCCUUUAUAUCCAGGGAGUGAUGGUACCCUGUCCCCUUGCCAGGACCAAAUGCCCCUGGAAGCCGGGAGCGACAGCAGUGGAGAGGAACACGUACUGGCGCCCCCAGGCCUGCAGCCGCCUCACUGUCCAGGCCAGUGUCUCAUCUGGGCUUGCAAGACCUGCAAGCGAAAAUCGGCCCCCACGGACCGGCGAAAAGCCGCCACCCUGCGCGAGAGAAGGAGGCUUAAGAAAAUCAACGAGGCUUUUGAGGCGCUGAAGAGGAGGACCGUGGCUAACCCCAACCAGAGGCUGCCCAAGGUUGAGAUUCUGCGGAGCGCCAUCAACUACAUCGAGCGGCUGCAGGACCUGUUGCACCAGCUGGACCAGCAGGAGAAAAUGCAGGAGCUGGGGGUGGACUCCUUCAGCUACAGACCCAAGAAAGAAAUUCUCGAGGGUGCGGAUUUCCUACGCACCUGCAGCUCCCAGUGGCCAAGUGUUUCGGAUCAUUCCAGGGGGCUCGUGAUAACUACUAAGGAAGGAGGUGCAAGCAUGGAUUCGUCAGCCUCCAGCAGCCUCCAGUGCCUUUCUUCCAUCGUGGACAGCAUUUCCUCCGAGGAACGCAAACUCCCUUGCGGGGAGGAGGUGGUGGAGAAGUGA